UCGCACGUCCAUCUCGCAUCCAAAUUCACGUAAAAGUCAAAGUCGACGUAAACAAACCCACUGACAGUUCCCGAAAAUCGUUUCGUGAUGUUCGCCAACGCGUACCAGAGCGGCUUCAUGUCGAUCUUCUACAGCGUCGGCAGCAACCCUUUGCAGCUGUGGGACAAGCAAGUGAAGAACGGCCACAUCAGACGCGUCGUCGACGACGAGGUGCGCUCUCUGGUGCUGGAGAUCUCCGGGACCAACGUAGCCACGACCUACAUCACGUGCCCCAUCAAGCCCAGGCUCUCGCUGGGGAUCAAGCUGCCCUUUUUGGUCAUGAUCAUCAAGAACAUGAAGAAGUAUUUCACGUUCGAGAUACAGAUUCUGGAUGAUAAAGAUAUGCAUCGACGGUUCAGAGUUUCUAAUUUUCAGUCAACGACCAAGGUGCGACCGUUUUGUACCACGAUGCCCAUCGGGCUGAGCACUGGGUGGAAUCAGGUCCAGUUUAAUUUGGCCGACUUCACUAAACGAGCUUACGGCUCCACCUACCUAGAAACCACUCGAGUUCAAAUUCACGCAAACGUCCGAAUCCGCCGCAUCUAUUUCUCCGACGUCCUCUACAGCGACGACGAACUCCCCAACGAAUACAAACUCUUCCUCCCAACUCCCGGCACCCAAACCGUCUCAAGACCAUCCCAAGCCAAAAAAGAAUCCAUUCAAGAGAAACCAGAAGAAAAGAAACCCUCCGUAUCCGAAACACCCGAAAUCCCGCCAUCCCAAGAAGAAACCCCAUCUGCCGCGCCACCCAGCCCGGUCGGUAUGCACAUACCCGAGGGCGAGGACGCACCCACCACCACCCCCACGGAAGAACCCACCGAGUCGGAGAUGGUAGCAGAACCACCCAGCGAACCCAUAGAGGGAGAAACCACGGUUGAGCCCACCUCGGGUGACGUGACCACCGUGGAACCCACGACGACGGAGCUCACAUCCGAGCCCAUGGAAGGCGAGCCUCUGGUGGAGGGAGUCGAAGUUACCGGCGAACCGACGCCGGAGGGCGAAGCGCCGGGAGAACCGGCUCCGCAGGAAGGGGAGGCCGAAGCGCCGGCGGCGGCUGAAGAGGCGGUCGCUGAGGCACCGGUGGAGGAGGCGCCGACGCAGGAGGAAGCGCCGCCGCCGGAGGAGGCACCGCCGGAAGAGGCACCGCCUGCGGAGCCUGAGGCAGGAGUGACUGAAGAAGCGACGCCGAGUGAGAAGGUGGAAGAGGCAGCGCCUGCGCCACCGGAAGAGGCGGUGGCUGAGGAGCCGCCGUCGGAGGCGGCUGCCGAGGAGGCGGCUUAAGAAUAGUUUACUGUUUUAUGAAUGCGGAGGAUUUUUUGAAUGUAUUUUUUCAUUA